CCUUCAUUCAUGCUUAUUAUUUUGUAGAGAAAUCAUAAGAAAAGAAGUGACUGAACCUAUUCUUAACCAUUGCAUAUCAAAUUUCACCAUUGCUUCAAGAUACAACCAGAUAUAAGACGUUUUUCGGAAGAAAUCUUCUACUUAACCUCAAUAAUUGGAUAUAUUUCCCACUCAGAAUUAAAAGGCAUGAAGACCACCACGGCUGCGAUUGAUUACGUCAUGGAGGCUGCAUCGGGCCCACAUUUCUCCGGCCUUCGCCUGGACGGACUCCGGUCCCCAGCCGCCUCUUCUCCUCGCUCUUCCACCCCGACUCCUACUGCGUUCGCUUCUUCUUCCGCUCCUUUUACCGAUUCCUCAGUCCACAAGCAACCUUUUGUAAUCGGGGUUUCGGGUGGCACUGCUUCCGGGAAAACUACUGUUUGUGACAUGAUUAUUCAACAAUUGCAUGACCAUCGCGUUGUUCUUGUCAAUCAGGAUUCUUUCUACCGUGGGUUAACCCCAGAGGAGUUAAAACAUGUCCACGAGUAUAACUUUGACCAUCCAGAUGCUUUUGACACUGAACAGCUUUUAGAGUGCGUAGGGAAGCUAAAAGCUGGUCAAUCUGUCCAUGUUCCCAUUUAUGACUUCAAGGCACACCAGAGGUGUUCUGAUAGCUUCCGUCAGGUAAAUGCAUCUGAUGUAAUCAUCCUCGAGGGAAUAUUAGUUUUUCAUGACUCACGAGUUCGCGAUUUAAUGAAUAUGAAGAUUUUUGUUGAUACAGACGCUGAUGUAAGACUUGCGCGACGAAUAAGGCGUGAUGUUGCUGACCGGGGUAGAGAUAUAAUCUCAGUUCUUGAGCAGUAUGCAAAAUUUGUCAAGCCUGCUUUUGAUGAUUUUGUUCUCCCUUCAAAGAAAUAUGCCGAUGUUAUCAUACCCAGGGGUGGUGACAACCAUGUUGCUGUUGAUUUAAUUGUGCAGCAUAUUAUGACAAAGCUUGGCCAGCAUGAUCUCUGCAAAAUAUAUCCUAAUGUAUAUGUUAUUCAGUCAACUUUCCAGAUAAGAGGAAUGCACACUUUGAUCCGGGAUAGGGACAUUUCCAAACAUGAUUUUGUUUUUUAUUCUGAUCGGCUAAUCCGUUUGGUUGUGGAGCAUGGUCUUGGUCACUUGCCUUUCACUGAGAAGCAAGUAGUGACUCCAACAGGGUCAGUGUAUACUGGCGUCGACUUUUGCAAGAAACUAUGUGGGGUCUCAAUAGUUCGCAGUGGUGAAAGUAUGGAGAAUGCAUUGCGUGCUUGUUGCAAGGGGAUAAAGAUUGGGAAAAUUCUGAUUCAUCGCGAUGGUGAUAAUGGUAAACAGCUUAUCUAUGAAAAACUCCCAAAAGAUAUAUCAGAGCGACAUGUUCUGCUUCUGGAUCCAGUCCUAGCUACAGGUAACUCUGCUAACCAGGCAAUUGAGCUGCUCAUACAAAAAGGAGUCCCAGAAUCCCACAUUGUCUUCUUAAACCUUAUUUCUGCACCAGAAGGGAUACAUUGUGUAUGCAAGCAUUUCCCUUCUUUGAAAAUCGUAACUUCGGAGAUUGACAUUGCGUUGAAUGAAGAAUUCCGAGUCAUUCCCGGGCUGGGUGAGUUUGGUGAUCGUUACUUUGGUACUGAUGAGUAGUGAGAGAUGCUUUGGGCCUGCGAACUUUAAUUGAUGGUCUCCUCGCAGUUGAUUUGCACUCUACCUCAAUCCCUCCUCUAUUAUCCAUCCUCUAGGUUUCUGGUUAUUUGCCUGACAAGUACGGUAAUGAUUUGUUACUUGUGAAUAGUUAUGCCAUAAUUUAAUUGAGCUGAACAAGUUUGUGUAUCGUUCUCCAAGAGCAACCCUAAUGUGUGGUGACACGCUAAACAUGACACAAUAAAACUACUUUUGGAUCAAGAGUAUAGGACUGGUCAAGUGGUCACGUGGGAGAUAUUCAGAAACAAGUUUAGGAAUGUUUCUUUAUAGUGGCUCUUGUGUUAUAUGCUGGUAUCUUUUGAUAGCAACAACACAUGUGAUAUUGUUUGUGUGAAGAGGAAAAACUUAGAUUCACUUGUUCUGAACAUGUGUCACAUGUGUUGUGUUAUCUAAGAUUUUGGACUCUGUUAAAAUUGUGAGUAGAUUAUUAUUUAUAGGUAUACAUACGUUUUUAGUCCCUUCAAAUAUGACACUUUGUUUUAGGUUCAUGUAAUUUUUUUCAUCCUUGUAACAUGCAUUAUUUUGUUUUUAGUCUAUGUCUAACUCUAAAACCACUAUUGA